AUGGAUCUCACCAUGAUCAAGACGAUGAUACGCGUCACUCUAGGUAUCCUAUCAACUCCAUUAAUAAAAAAGUACGACAAGUUGCCUUCGCUGAUAUUCAGGCUCAUGAUGUGGAUCAAGCGUCAGAAACGGGGAGUGAAAGUGAAGCACAUUGAAAACGAGGGAUACAGCUUCUCUUACUUCUCCCGAGGGGAGCCUGGGCCGCAUCCAUCCAUCUUGAUGCUUCACGGGUUCUCGCUCAACAAAGACGUUUGGUUAAAUAUCAUCAAACUCUUCCCCCAGGACCUCCACGUGGUCUGCCUUGACAUGCCUGGCCAUGGAGAAACCACCCGCUUGAUGGGAGAAAGUUAUACAGCAGCAGCUCAGGCUAAAAGGAUACACCAGUUUGUCGAGUGCAUUGAGUUGAACAAAAAGCCUUUCCACCUGGUUGGCAUGUCCAUGGGCGGAAUGGUCGCUGGGCUUUAUGCUGCGCACUAUCCGUCUGAAAUCUGCUGCUUGUCCCUCCUUUGCCCAGCUGGACUGAAGUAUCCAACAGAAACCGACUUCUUCGCGCGCUUCAGAGACAUGGUUUACUCUAGGGACCCUACUGACGGCACUCUUAUUCCAGUGAAUAAAGAACAGGCCGAAGACCUACUCAAGCUUUGCCUGUCUCGCCCCAGCUUUAUAAACAUGCAGCGCCUCAAAGGAUAUCUUGAUGAUCGGAGACCACAUAAGAUGUUUUUUAUAACAUGUUUCUUAGAUCUCUCCAGUGCGGAGUCCAGGUACAUUCUUCAUGAAAACAUGAGGAAGAUUAGAGUUCCAACACAGAUCAUUUGGGGAAGGGAAGACAAGGUCUUUGAUUCUACUGGGGCAGAAGUCUUAGCCACCGGCAUUCGUAACUCCCAAGUGCAUAUGCUGGAGGAAUGUGGACACUUCAUAGCACUCGAGAAGCCCAUGAAGUCUGCAAAGCUCCUUUUGGAAUUCUACAAUUCAGUUUGCGGCAUCUCGGAGGAUAAGAAGUUGGCAUAA